AAAGGAAGUGGAAGUGGAAGUGGGCGAUGAUGAUGAGAUACAAAAAUGGUAGUAGAGCUAGGUUCAGUCACAAUCCAUGGUAAACACUAAACAUGUGAGAGAAUUCAAACAAACAAGUAAGAACCACGUUUCAGUUUAUAACCCACAAACACAACACCACAUUAUUUAUGCUUAUUACUUAAUGCUUGCUCUUGAUAAUUGAAACAAAAAAAAUAUGAAGUAUGUAACAUGUGAAUAGAGUUUUGCUCUGUCUCACAUGAUGGCCAAAACCAAAACACCUGUGCUUGUGCUUCAUCUCUGUGUUCUGACCCUUAUGGCCACAAACCUUGGAAAAUGUCAGCAAGAAGAGUUUUUCUUCAACGGGUUUGGUGGUGGUGGUGCCUCCAACAUAACCUUAAACGGAGGAGCAGCGAUUGAGCACAAGGGCCUACUUCGUUUAACAAACGACAAUCAGAGAGUAAUCGGGCACGCGUUUUAUCCAACACCAAUUCAGUUCAAGCACAAAAACGCCAAAGUUGUAUCCUUUUCCACCGCUUUUGCGUUUGCAAUCAUCCCACAGUACCCAAAACUCGGUGGCCACGGUUUCGCCUUCACCAUUUCACGCUCCACAUCGCUUAAAGAUGCGUACCCUAGCCAGUACUUGGGCCUCCUUAACCCAAACGAUGUGGGGAAUUUCUCAAACCACUUAUUUGCAGUGGAAUUCGACACCGUCCAAGACUUCGAAUUCGGAGACAUCAACGACAACCAUGUCGGCAUCAACCUCAACAACAUGGCAUCCAACAAAUCCGUGGAAGCUGCGUUUUUUUCCCGAAAUAAUAAGCAAAACCUCAAUUUGAAGAGUGGUGAAGUGACUCAAGCAUGGGUUGAUUACGAUUCCUUAAAAAACAACUUAGAAGUUAGACUCUCCACAACUUCCUCCAAACCCACUUCACCAAUUUUGUCAUACAAAGUAGAUCUCUCACCGAUUCUCCAAGAUUCCAUGUACGUUGGGUUCUCCUCUUCAACAGGGUUACUCGCGAGCUCCCACUACAUCCUCGGUUGGAGCUUCAAAACAAACGGAGACGCCAAAACUCUCUCCUUGAAAAACCUCCCUUCGCUCUCCGCCUCCUACAAAGCUCAAAAGCGCUUAAUGUUAGCACUGAUCAUUCCAAUUACACUCGCAGCAAUUGCUCUAGCAUGUUAUUACAGAAAGAUGAGAAAGACCGAAUUGAUCGAAGCUUGGGAGAUGGAAGUUGUAGGGCCACACAGAUUCCCAUACAAGGAGCUACACAAAGCUACAAAAGGCUUCAAAGACCAGAACCUCAUCGGGUUCGGAGGGUUCGGUCGUGUCUACAAAGGUGUCCUCCCGAAGUCCCACAUCGAAGUCGCAGUGAAGCGAGUCUCGCACGAAUCAAAACAAGGCAUGCAGGAGUUCGUGUCGGAAAUCUCAACCAUAGGAAGGCUCCGACACAGAAACCUCGUACAGUUACUAGGUUGGUGUCGGAAACAAAACGAGCUAUUGUUGGUCUACGAUUUCAUGCGAAACGGAAGCUUAGACAAAUACCUAUUCUUCGACCAACCGAGGAGAAUACUUAGUUGGGAGCAAAGGUUUAAGAUAAUAAAAGGUGUGGCUUUAGGGUUAGUUUAUUUGCACGAGGAGUGGGAGCAAACGGUGAUUCACAGAGACGUGAAAGCGGGGAAUGUUUUGUUGGACAACGAGAUGAACGGAAGGUUGGGUGAUUUUGGUUUGGCCAAGCUUUACGAGCACGGUGCGAACCCUGGCACCACACGUGUGGUGGGAACGCUGGGGUAUCUUGCGCCGGAGCUCACACGGACGGGGAAACCAACGACGAGUUCUGAUGUUUAUGCGUUCGGGGCGUUGGUGUUGGAGGUGGUGUGUGGGAGGAGGCCGAUUGAGGUGAAGGCGCAGCCGGAGGAGCUUGUGCUGGUGGAGUGGGUGUGGGAGCGGUGGCGCGUGGGGAACGUGUUGGCGGUGGUGGACCGUAGGUUGGGUGGGGUGUUUGAUGAGGUGGAGGCUUUGUUGGUGGUGAAGGUGGGGUUGUUGUGUUCCGCGGAGGCGCCGGAAGAGAGGCCCAGUAUGAGGCAGGUGGUGAGGUACAUGGAGAGGGAGGUGGCGCCGCCGGAGGUGGGGGAUGGGAAGAAAGAAGGUGGCGGGGGAGAUGGGGAGUUUAAGGGUUAUGUUCAUUCGUAUUCGACGGCGUCGUUUUUUGACGUGGAGAGUGCAUCUGCGUCGUCUCUGUCACUUUCCGGUGGCCGUGAACGAAGACAAGAUCGGUAAGAUGUUGGCGCUCUAUGUAAUUCCUUGUGUUGAUUAUCUGUUCAAAAGGAACCUGGUUUCUCUUGCAGGACAUGACACUAGAUGUUUGGCUGAGAAUUCGAAUUGCUAACCGGGACAAGUUAGGGCAUCCCCCUCCAUAUGUUGACCACCAUUCAGCUAGAAAAACAGAAAAAAUUAAAAGACAAUUAACAAGUGGUCAUGAGAGAAAGGAAAUACUCAAGUGGAUGUCUUAUGCGAUGAAAUUUUAAAUUCUCCUGCAUAAAAGUCACAUAUUUAGAACUCAACUGUUGUUUGUGUAACUCCAGACAGGUUAUAAUUCAUGAGUGCAGAAAACAAUUAUGCUGGCAGUGAUUCUAAACCUAUAAGUUACUUGUGAAGAAAAUACAGACAGAAAAUUUCAACUUCAACUUCUAUAGCAUUGGUCAUCAUGUCAAAAGUAUAAAUCCUUGACACAGUCAAUUUUUGUCCUCUUUCGGAUCAUCAGUUUUGAAAUCAACACUCUUUUAGAACUAUUUGUAUACUCUGCAUAGUUUCUAAUUUAUUUUUUCAAUGGAAUUACUUAAUGUUGGGAAAGUUAAGCAACAACACAGCAACUGAAUACACUAAUAUUAUCUAGGAGAAUGGGCCAUUGGAAACUUACAAGGAAGCAGAUUAUCUCUAGCUCUGACUGCCAUCUUUCUCCCAAAGUCUCCUGCAGCAGACUUGUAUAAGUUUAUCUCUUUGAUAAUUUUAUCUUGGAUUCUUGUAUCAGGUACCAAUCUCUCUAUGCAGUCAAACAUUCCAGAGACAAUCUGACCGAGUAUAUCUCCUUGAAUACUAUAGAAGAACUUUGGAUUAAGGUAGAAUCCAGCAGCAUGAAGAGGAUGAUUCCACAGCCUUUCCCAUCUAUGAUGUCUCAUCUCACUACCAGCUAUUCUCAGAACUUUUAAGAGAGGAGCUGUUAGACAAACAAUCAUGUCGCAUGAAGACCAAAAUGUUUGAUUGCUUAAGCAAUCUAACAUUUCAAGACCAGCGGUUUGCUUUGAAUAUGGGCAAUCCGCCCACUCCUGAGAAGUGACCAAGGCCUGUAAAUUGUGUUUAAGAUCAACCAUCCGUUUCAAUGUGGUAAA